ACAACAUACCCAGACGCAACACAACUCUGUUGUUCUAACCUCAAAGUGGCUAACAAACAAAAGUUGCCUCAAUAAUAAAUAUAUAUUUUGUUUUUGCCAUUAAAUGCAAAUUGUUAAUAACAGUGAACCGACUAUGAUGUGCACGCGUUUGAAACAUUUACAAAUAUAAAACUACCCACAAGCAACUAAACGUCCAUUGAAAUCAAACAACAAAAGCAGCAGCAGCACAACCAGCAGCAGCAGCAGGACCGAGGCAACAUAAAUACAAAUACACAAAAUAGAGACGAACACGCAAAUAAAUAAAUAGAAAAUACAAAACGCAGCAACUGAAAGGCAUAUGCAUAAAGCAAGUGUUAAGUGCUGAGCAAUGUUUUAGUUAAUUUCAACCUAUAUUUCUAAAACUUUGGAUGUGAAGCUGAAAAUGAAAAAUGCUUUAAAUUACGAUUUUCAUUACGUUCUCUCUGGCCGCGAGUUGCCAGAGGAGUUGGUCGAGACUUUUUCUACUCCUGCCAACACCACAGUGAUUUAAAUACAAAAUAUACGUCCGUCGUGCAACGAAAAAUGCACUUAAAGACAAUCGCAACAAAUAACAACAAAAACAGCAACAACAACACCUAACGAAAUCAGAGUCCGCGUCCAUCGGUGCUGGUGACUGCAAAGACACCCAUCACUAAUACCUUACCACAUAUAACCGGCGAGUGCGACUGAAACAGAAGCUGUUGCUCGUCCUUUGCCUUGUUUUUAGCAUUUAAUUUGAUUGUUUGCCAUUGUCGUGCCUCUCCAAAACACUCUUGUUAUAAUUGCUUUUCAUUGUUUACGUUUAUUGGCACAUUUGUUGAACAUUCUUAGCCCAUUUUACAUUUAACAUUAAAUUGUGCAAUUUCCGAGUGAUAACGGUUUAUAGUUAGAAAACAAAUCCCUUGUUGAGCAUUUAUAUCAAAAUGAAAUCUUCCUUGUCGCAUUUGCCAUCGAUAUCACGUCCAGCCGCUACAGCCACAGCAAGAGCAACAUCAACAGCAACAACAAUAAUAAACCCGUCCAAUUCCAACUUCUCGUUACCAUCAUCAAUGCAUUUGCUACGCUCGACGAGGACCCUUCGCUAUCAAGCAAAACAAAUGGCUUAAAAGGAAUCCGAAUAAAUUGCAGUUUUUAGAAUCCCAAAAUCUCCUUUUAUCCACACAAAAUUAAAUGCAAAUUACACAUGCCUUGUCUAACUGCCUUCCAAAUUCGCAAACGAUAUACAUACACCAAGAGCAUCUUCCAUAUCCCAAAUAUUUCUAAAAUAUCUGGCGUUUGUGAUUUGUUAAAACACGUUUGAUUGUAUUAGGACUUAGAACUUAGGACUAGAUAAAAUAUUAACACACAGCACAGCAACAGUCCAGUGUGGAUCCACGGCAAAAGAAAGGAAAGGAAAGAUUAGAGUGGCAUGAGCCAUCAAUUGGGACUCCGGAAACAUGGUGAUAAUGAGUGUAGUGGGCCACGACCACCUGUACCCGGAGAAGAGAGCCGAGUUAAAAAGAUGACCGAAGGGGUAAUAGACACCUCUAAGAACUCACCUCCAUCUUAUCUAAACUGGGCCCGCACGCUAAAUCAUCUGCUCGAGGAUCGCGAUGGGGUGGAGUUGUUCAAGAAAUAUGUGGAGGAGGAGGCGCCCGCCUACAAUGAUCAUCUCAAUUUCUACUUUGCCUGCGAAGGUCUGAAGCAGCAAACAGAUCCCGAGAAGGUUAAGCAAAUAAUCGGAGCCAUAUAUAGAUUCUUGCGCAAGAGCCAACUGUCUAUAUCUGAUGAAUUGCGCACGCAAAUCAAGGCCAUCAAAUCGAAUGAGAUUCCGCUCAGUCCGCACAUUUAUGAUCCCAUGCAGCAGCAUGUGGAGGCGACCAUACGGGACAACAUCUAUCCGAGCUUCCUCUGCUCUGAGCUAUACAUUCAGUACAUACAGCUCAUGUCCGCUGUGCAGGAGCGCUGCAGCAGCAGUGGCGCCACAGCGACAGGCAGUGCGGGCAGCAGUGGCAGCGGCGGCAGCUGUGGCAGCAACAAUGGCAGCACUGCCGGCGCCUGUGCUCUGCCGACGGCAGCAAGCAAACAACUAUUGGGCGCUGGUGGGGCUAGCGGCGGAGCAGUUGGUGCAUCAAUUCCACCAGGCGUCUUCAUCAAUUUGCCGAUGAGCAGCGGUGCAGCGCUUCCAGCUGGCACUUGCAGCGCCAGUGGCAGUGUCUAUGGUCCAUCAACGUCGGCUAGCUCCAGUGGUUCGAUCAGUGCCACCGACACACUGCCGCGCAGCUCCACGUUGCCCACGCUGCAUGAGGAUUCGGUGCUGUCGCUAUGCGAUGAUUUCGAGAAGGUGCACGUCGAGGGCGGAGGUGGUCGUGCCCAUAUCGAUUUACCUAUGCGUCUCACGCGCGAUCUUCUGAUAGCAACUCAGAAAAGAAGACUGGAAAUUAGACCUCCCGGAGCUCAUGGUUAUGUGUAUACUGCGAGCACCAAUACAUCCUUUGUACCAAACUCUCGCGUCGAUUCGGAGAGGGCGAGCGUUAGCUCCGGCGGCCGCACCGACUCCGAUACCAUGUCGCUGUCCAGCUGUUCAAUGGAUGGCCGCCCUUACAUAGAGCGCAGACACAGCUCGACGGAGAGCAAAGCCAUACGGCAAAGCGCCAUGGCGAACAAGGAAACGAACAGCUUUCAAGUUAUACCCCGCACGCAACGAUUACAUUCAAACGAGCAUAGACCGCUGACGGAAAAUGAACUAUUGGCUCUGCUGAUACCCAAGCUGGAGGAGGUGAAACGCAAACGCGAUUUAGAGGAACGUGCACGCUUAGAGCGCAUGCCCGGCACCUCAUCGAGUGCCAGCGAUCGCGCUUUUGCUGAGGCGAUACGCGAAAAGUUUGCACUCGAUGAAGACAACGACCAAGACAUUUUGGACCAGCAUGUGUCGCGUGUGUGGAAAGACCAGACGCCACAUCGCUCGCCCGGCACAAUGUCACCCUGCCCGCCUAUACCAUCGAGAAGACGCACGGCAACACAUGACUCCGGCAUGGUCAGUGAUGGUGCCAUGAGUCUGAGUGGACACUCAAUGAAGCACUCAAAAUCCAUGCCCGAUUCCAGUUCCUGCUCUAGGAAGCUAACAAAUAAAUGGCCUUCGAUGAACACAGACAGCGGCAUAAGCAUGUACUCUGCUGACACAGUCAUGAAAUACAAGGAGUCAAGCUCCCGGUCUGGUUCAAGUUCGGCAUCAAAAUUGGAGGAAGGAAAACGAAGACUGGAAGACGAGCCGCGUCGCUCUCGUCGUUAUGCCCAACCGCAGCUACAAUCCCAUAUGGUGGCCAUGCAGCAGCAGCAGCAACAACAGCCAUUAUCUUCCUUCAGCAGUAGUAGCAGUGGCAGCAGUACAAUGCAUCAUCAUCAGCCUGCAACUGUUGCAACAUGUCCACCGCCGCUGCCUAUCAAGCCACCGGAGACGGUUGUUGUGUUCUCAUUCUGCGAAGAGCCAGUUCCUUACAGAAUUAAAAUACCCGGUACUCAGCCGACCCUGCGCCAAUUCAAGGACUUUCUGCCCAGAAGGGGACACUUUAGAUUCUUUUUUAAGACGCAUUGUGAAGACCCUGAUAGUCCAGUGAUUCAGGAAGAGAUUGUUAAUGACUCCGAUAUACUGCCGUUGUUCGGAGACAAAGCGAUGGGUCUUGUCAAACCAUCCGAUUAAACAUUAAGCAUUAAGAAUAGAUUUUGUAUUUAAGCUAAAUUAUGAAAUGUGAGGGAGGGAGGGGAGUUAAGAAUGAUGUAUGGCUUGUACGUGCAUCUUAGAGAUACAAACUCGAGAAGCUAUUCCCAGAAAUCAAAACUUAAAUAGAACUAACUGUACAUUCAAUAGGCUUUUGCAAGCAUCACAAACUAUUGUACGUGGGGGAUCUGUGGGGGAGGAAGACUGGGACUGGGACUGGGACGGGAACGGGAAAGGGGGAAGCGGGCUUAUGGGGUAGUGGUGGGGAGGAGCAAUGUGUUUCAUCAUUUCGUCCUUAACAUCUGGAGGUAUUUUUCUAAAUAAACAUAUGAUUAACGAUAAUGAAUUAACACCGAAAUCAAUUUGAUGUAUAUGUAUAUGUAUAUGUAUAUGUAUUUGUUAUAAGUCGAACAACGCGAAUCGUACAUUUACGUAUAUAUGUAUUUAUGAUAUUUUGUAUAUGUUAACACAUAAACUCAACGAAGAUCCUGAAAAUUAAGUCAAAAACUUUGUAUAUCCCACGUACCAAACACACACACAUACACACAAACAAUAGAAAUUAUUGAGCACAGCACAAAAAUGCAAAUUAAAUAAUUGAUAGAUGGAAAAAAUUAAGAAAACAAUUUGAUGGGUAUUCCUGAAUUUGGAUUUGUUUGUUACUUUUUACUAACUAUGGACUGCCUGCAAUAAAUUUUGUUAAU